CACUUCCUAUAGCCUCGCCACUUCCUAUGCCUUUGCCAGCCACAAGAUGGCGGCUCCCUGGCGUUUUGUGGUUCCAGCUGCCUGUGUUUGGGCUCAUGGCUACCGCUCGUUUUCAUCGUCCAGUUUACCGACCUCAGCGGCCAUCCGGCGCACAUUUUUACAGUAUUUCCAAGAGUUACACGGCCACAAGUUUGUCCCGUCCUCCUCAGUGAGGCCCCGAGGUGACCCCACGCUGUUAUUCGUCAACGCCGGCAUGAACCAGUUUAAACCCAUUUUCCUUGGCAUGGUGGAUCCUCGCAGUGAGAUGGCACAGUAUCGUAAAGUGGUAAACAGCCAAAAGUGUGUGAGGGCAGGCGGGAAGCACAAUGAUCUGGACGAUGUUGGGAAAGAUGUAUAUCAUCAUACUUUCUUCGAGAUGCUCGGUAACUGGUCUUUUGGUGAUUACUUUAAGGAGAAAACAUGUACCAUGGCCUGGGCUCUCCUCACUGAUGGAUAUCAGAUUCCUGCAGAACGCCUCUACGUCACUUAUUUUGGUGGAGAUCCAGCGCUGGGACUGGCAGCUGAUGAGGAGACUAAAGAAAUUUGGCUCAGCCUGGGCAUUCCCUCAUCUCACCUGCUGCCAUUUGGAUUGAAAGACAACUUCUGGGAAAUGGGCGAGACUGGCCCAUGUGGCCCCUGCACUGAAAUUCAUUAUGAUCACAUUGGAGGACGUAAUGCUUCUACAUUGGUGAAUUGUGGCAACCCAGAUGUAGUGGAGAUCUGGAACCUCGUAUUUAUACAAUAUAACCGCGAAGCAGAUCGGACUCUGAGGCUGCUCCCACAACGACAUGUGGACACUGGAAUGGGUCUGGAAAGGCUGGUAACUGUGCUUCAGGGAAAGAGGUCAAAUUAUGAUACAGAUCUAUUCACACCGAUACUGGAGGCCAUUCACAAGGGUUCCCAGGUGUUACCAUAUCGGGGUCUUCUUGGGACAAAGGACUUAGGUCACAUAGACAUGGCUUAUCGCGUAAUAGCAGAUCACAUCAGGACGCUGUCUGUUUGUAUAGCUGAUGGCGUUUACCCUGGAAUGUCAGGUGCAGAACUUGUUUUGCGUCGGAUCCUGCGCAGAGCUGUCAGAUUUUCCUCUGAGAUUCUCCGUUGCCCUCCCGGCUUUCUCUCCUCUCUGGUCCCUACUGUUGUACAAAUUCUUCAGGAAGCAUAUCCAAUGCUACAGAGGGAACAAGAGCAGAUAAUGAGCAUUCUUAAUGAGAACGAAGAAGCAUUCCUCACCUCACUCCAACGGGGGAGACGUAUUAUAGACCGAACACUUCAGCAAGAACAGUCUUCAAAUAUUUUCCCAGUGAAUGUGGCAUGGUCUCUGUACAGAAAUCUUGGAUUUCCAAUGGAUCUUAUUGGGCUUAUGUUGGAGGAGAAGGGAAUGUCAUUGGAUAAGGCUGCUUUGGAUCAGCUUGCACUUGAGGAAUCAGAGAAGAAAGUGAGGAACCAGCAGGUGGAUGAUGCUGAGACUGGUCUAGAACUGGAUGUACACUCCUUAAAUGAGCUACAUCGUGCAGGGAUACCACCCACUGACGAUUCCCCAAAAUAUGCAUAUUCCAUGGGGGCUGAUGGGAGAUAUGUGUUUAGUCCAUGCCAGGCCACCAUACUCAUGCUCUAUAAAGACCAGACCCUGCACUCUGAGAUCGGAAGGGGUGUGUCCUGUGGUGUCAUUUUCAAUCAGACCAAUUUCUAUGCAGAGCAAGGAGGACAGUCCCAUGAUGAGGGAUACUUUGUGCAUCAGGGUGCUCAGGACUUGAUGUUCCCAGUGGAAUCAGUGAGGUUAUCUGGUGGCUACGUUGUGCACAAAGUUACAACUUCAGAAAAACUGCAGAUUGGAGACAAGGUCCUGCUCUUUCUGGAUGAGGCACAACGCCUUUCCUGCAUGAUUAAGCACACUGCCACUCACUUGCUGAACUUUGUCUUGAGUCGGGUCAUAGGGGAGAGUACAGCCCAGAGAGGAUCACAUGUCACAGCAGAACGCCUGCGGUUUGAUUUCAGCGUUAAGGCCCCUAUUACAACCCAGCAGUUACAGGAAGUGGAGCACGAGCUGCAGAAAAUUAUUGCACGUAAUGAACAAAUCCACACUGCACAUGUAGCACUCGGAGAUGCCAAAAGUGUCAAAGGACUCCGUACUGUGGAUGAGGUUUACCCUGAUCCAGUGCGUGUGGUAUCUGUGGGUGUUCCUGUACACAGUUUGCUGAAGCCAGACUCACAAGCUGCCACGCAGACAUCAGUAGAGCUUUGCUGCGGCACACACUUGCACAGGACAGGGGCCAUUGAGGAUCUGGUGUUAAUUUCAGAACGGCAACUAGUAAAAGGUGUCUCUCGUCUGAUUGCUGUCACAGGAAAAGAUGCCAAGCAGGCAAGAGAAACCGGAAAGGAGCUGUCAGUAGAAGUGGAAUCCAUCACAGAACGCCUUCGGAUAAAACCUACUACACUUGAUGAAGCAUUUCGUCUCUCAAGGGAAGUAGGGGCUCUUUCAAAUAUUGUAGAUAGCGCCAUCAUGCCUCAAUGGCAGAAAAAGGAACUGCAAGCAGGUCUGAAAGCUUUGCAGCGUUCUACUAACACGGUCAUUCGCAAGCUGGAAAUUAAACAGGCUGCAGAAAAAGCUCAGAGCCUCUUGGUAAAGCAUGCUAAUCAGCCACUCAUCGUAACCACAGUAUCCGUGGAGUCUCUCUCUGUUCUAGUUAAGGUGGUUAAUCACAUAUGCGAUAAGUCCCCAGGAUCUGCAGUGAUGCUUCUCAGCCAACAGCAUGCAGACAAGGUGUUCUGUGCAUGCCAAGUUCCAAAGGACUUGGGUUUCAAAAUGUCUGCUGCUGAGUGGGCCUCGUCUGUGUGCUUGGAAAUGGGAGGUAACGCUGGGGGCUCAGACAUUGUUGCUAAAGGAACAGGCACUAGCCAAAAUCUGGACCACGUCAUUAAUUCAUCUCUAAACUUUGCCCAGAGAACGCUCUAAAUCACAUUCUACACGCAUGGGAAAAGGUGCUUUUUAUAUUUAUCUCCGAGAAGAGAGUAUUAAUAUUUAACUCUGAGAAAUUAGACAUCUGCAAGGCUGUGCUGGCUACAGCAGUAAUCAUAAUGUCAGAAACAGUU